GUCGCGUCCGCGGUUUAAAUCUCGCGCAGGCGCGCUUGCUAGCUGUCACUAUGCGGGUGCUUGUAGGUGGCGGCACGGGAUUCAUUGGGACAGCCCUAAGCCAGCUGCUGAAAGCCAAGGGCCACGAGGUCAAAGUGAUCUCCAGACAGCCAGGCCUGGGGCGAAUCACGUGGAGUGAGCUCAGUAGAUCGGGGCUGCCCCUCUGCGAUGUUGUCAUCAACCUGGCUGGAGAGAACAUCCUGAACCCUCUGCGAAGAUGGAAUGAAAGCUUCCAAAAAGAGGUUCUUAGCAGCCGCCUGGACACCACCCACUUGCUAGCUAAAGCCAUCGCCAAAGCUGCACAGCCACCUCAGGCUUGGAUACUAGUCACAGGUGUAGCUUACUACCAGCCAAGCCUGACUGAGGAGUACGAUGAAGACAGCCCAGGAGGGGAUUUUGACUUUUUCUCCAACCUGGUAACCAAAUGGGAAGCAGCAGCCAGGCUUCCUGGAGAGUCUACACGCCAGGUCGUGGUACGUUCAGGGGUUGUGCUGGGCCGUGGGGGCGGUGCCAUCAGCCACAUGCUCCUGCCCUUCCGCCUGGGUUUAGGAGGCCCCAUUGGUUCAGGUCACCAGUUCUUCCCCUGGAUACACAUUGGUGACCUGGCAGGAAUUCUGAACCAUGCACUUGAAGCAAACCAUGUCCACGGAGUACUGAAUGGAGUGGCUCCAGCAUCUACGACAACCAAUGCCGAGUUUGCCCAGGCCUUGGGUGCUGCCCUGGGCCGCCCCGCCUUCAUACCUGUGCCCAGCACCGUGGUACAAGCCAUCUUUGGACGAGAACGUGCCAUUAUGCUGUUGGAAGGCCAGAAGGUGGUCCCUCGGCGGACGCUGGCCACUGGCUACCAGUAUUCCUUCCCCGAGUUGGGGGCCGCUUUGAAGGACGUUGUAGCCUGAGUGGAGAAGCCCCAAGGCAGGAGCUGGGGCCUGCCCCUGCACUCUGAGAAGUAGGGCCGGUGGUCCCCGUACUUGAAACCAGAAGCCAUCUGCGUCUUAGACCCUGUCCCCCUCACUGUCUUCCCAUGUUCUGUUGACCCACCCCAUCUGAGAAACUCUAGUCUCAAGGAUGCAAUGUCAUUCUAAGCUUAACCUCUUCAACUUCUUGUGGUUUCUGUGUCACGUUGGUGCCCUGGUUGUCCUACAUGCUGUGUAGACAGAGUUCUUCAGUUAUGGCAAUAAAGAUAGAUUAUGUCACUA